UGAACCAAUCAUCGGGGCUCUUACGGCCAUUUAAAUCGUAUGGCGUCAGCUCCACGAAUCUUUGAACAGAGGGGAAAAGUUACAGGUGUUUUAACAGGUGAGAACAAUUUGCUUCUGUAGAGGUUGUGUUAACUUCACUUUUUUUCCCACUACAAUAAUCAACGCAUGUAAGUUGACCACCAGACGAUAAUUCAGAUAUAGUAAGCGGUUACUGCAGUUAAAAUGUAUCUGUUCAGAGCACGAGUAUAAACUGAACUUCCGGUCACUGCGUUACAAACCCUGUCACUUCUCGGACAUCUUUGUACACGACCAGAACACUCUUGUGUCUUUCUUGUUGGACAGACUGGGUGAAAAGGUGGACAACAUGGCGCAGUUCGGGUUUGAGAACGACAUUCACAGUAUCCUGAAGCUGGACAUGCCCAUCAUAAAUGCUCCUAAGGCGAGGUGGCAGAGGAAAGCCAGCUCCUCCACUAUAUCAGCCCCCACUGCUUUGACACCUGGAAAAUCUGCCAAAGCAUCCCUAAGUUUAUCAAAAACGCCCAACAAAACACCAGGUGAUGUACUGUAAAUAUUUAAACACUUUGUCAUCCAUGCCUUUCAUUCAUUCAUAAAUCCAUCCAAACUUUGUUGUAUUCUCUCAGGCUUGAGAGUUGACAUGGGAAACUGUCUGUAUGUAUUGUCACUACAAUCCAAAACAGAGAAAAACACAUCUUUGAUAAACACGAUAACUACUUUUUUUUAUCCUGUUAUAGGUAAAAAUAAAAAGCCAACCCCUUCUAAGAUGGGAGGUGACCGUUUCAUCCCCACCAGAAAUGGCAAGCAGAUGGAUGUAGCAAGUUUCCUGCUUACAAAGGAGAAUGAGCCUAUGGACAUUAACAAUCCAGCUGCGACUUUUGUAAGCUAAUAAUACACAUGACAUAUGAUCCUCGAGUCAAAUAAGGAUUUUAUUUAAUUAGGCUGCCUGUGUCGAUACAGGAGAGCCAGAAAGCCUGGUCUUUGUCACUGAAUGGAUACAACGUUGAAGAAGCAAAGAUCCUGCACCUUGGGGGGAAACCUCUUCAUGCUCGGGAGGGUGAGGAUAUUUUCAUGGUCGCACAGUUUGUAUUGCAAAAAAGUAAAGUGCUGACUUUUUUGGUAUUGAACGUGUUUUUUUGUUCUUCUUCUAUGUAAUGUACAGGCUACCAGAUCAACUUGAAAGUCCCAUACAGUCAGGUUACAAAUCCUGCCUCCGUUAAAAAGACAAGAUACAUUUCCUCAACACCAAACAUAAUCUUGGACGUUCCUGACCUACGAAAUGAUUUUUGUAAAUUUGCCUCUUCAAAGUUUUCCCUGUGAUUGUUUUUUCUUUUUUUUGUUUUUCCUUCUGAUGAUGGUCAGUGACCUUAAUUCCAGUCUCCACAUGGAUAUUUUAUUCAAGAUAAGCGAUUUCUUCAACAUAUUAGACCAUCAUAGAAAGCCACAGCUGUUCACUGAGCAAACUUUUCAUUUGUCCAGAUUUGAAUCUCUUUGACUGGAGCAGUCGUAACGUUCUUGCUGUGGCGCUUCAUAACAGCGUUUACCUGUGGGAUGCAGAGCAAGGAGGCGUCACUCCCCUCAUGAACUUGGAGCUCGAGCAAAACUAUAUCUGCUCACUGUCCUGGGCUAAAGAGGGAAGCUGCCUAGCUAUUGGCACCAGUGACUGUAAAGUUGAGGUCAGUGAAAUGUCAACUGUAGGGCAUUAGGUUUAUGCUACUCAAAAAGCUAGUCGCUGGUGUUGUUUUCAGUCACACAUUUCUUUUUUUUAUUUUUCCCUUAGUUGUGGGACGUCGACAACGAGAAGCAUUUACGCAGCAUGAUUAGCCAUACUGCUAGGGUUGGCAGUCUAAGCUGGAAUAACCACAUCCUUUCCAGGUAAAGGUGUUUUACCACCUGUUUUUUUUUUAAAUGUAUUUUAUAUGGCUUGUGUUUAACUUUAGUUUAAUCCCUAGUGGCUCAAGAUCAGGGCACAUCCAUCAUCACGAUGUGAGGGUUGCAGACCACCACAUCUCCACGCUCACCGGUCACUCACAGGAGGUGUGUGGGCUGCAGUGGUCUCCUGACGGUCGAUACCUGGCCAGUGGAGGCAAUGACAACUUGGUGUGCAUAUGGCCCCGAAUACAGGAGGGCAGCUUUGGCAACAGCUCUCAGUUGGUGCGCUGCUUUAAUGAUCAUCAAGGAGCUGUUAAGGUGAUACAUGAUCAUUAUGGAUAUCAUUAUGCCACAAAUGAGGAGAUGAUUGUUUGAAACUUUCUUUUUAAAAAGUAUUUGUAAUGAUCUUAUCUAGGCUUUGGCAUGGUGUCCAUGGCAGCUAAAUAUCCUUGCAUCUGGAGGCGGUACCAAAGAUCGUCAUAUCCGUGUCUGGAAUGUAAACAGUGGCUCCUGCAUCAGUUCACUCGACACUAAGUCUCAGGUAUCUACACACUUGUACCUGCCUUUUUUGGUUCAUUGGUUAACUGUAAAUCUACGUCCUAACACAGGUCUCUCCUUGAAUCCCACAUGAUGACUUUUAGAUCUCAUCCCUGGUGUUCGCACCCAACUACAAAGAAUUGGUCUCUGCACAUGGCUCCCCCCUUAAUAAUGUGGUUAUCUGGAAGUAUCCAUCCUUUGCCAAGGUUGCAGAGCUAAAUGGUUUGUAACAUUUUACACUUUUUCAAAAAAAGUUUAGAUGUUUUUUCAGUGAACAACAGCUUGAAAACUGGAAACAGUUGAACCAUACAAUUGAUCUAAAUGCUUCCUCCCUCAGGCCAUGAGGACAGAGUUCUUAAUCUCACUCUGAGUCCAGACUGCUCUACUGUUGCGAGUGUUGCUGGAGAUGAGACGUUACGUCUAUGGAAUUGUUUUGAGGCGGAGAAGAUGGUCAAAACAACACACAGUGUCAUCCAUCCAUCAAUCAGAUAAAUUUCUUGUUGACAUGAACUUUUACUUUUAGAUAUGCAGAUGAAUUAUGUGCAAUGUUGUAUUUAUCAAUAAAGAUUUCCACAGUGUUUCCGUUUUAACUGCUAACUUGUUGCUCCUGGUGGUUGGUUGGUAGUUCACCAAAAUACUGUCAAAUGUAUUUUUCAGUGUGCAGAAUGACUUGUGUGCAAUGUUUUAUUCAAUAAUAAAAAAUUUCCACUGUG